AUGCGUUUUUCUGCAGGUCUGAUAACAGAUAUUCUUAUCUCUCUGGACGACAAAUAUUUGUAUUUCGGUAACUGGCUUCAUGGAGACCUCAGACAGUAUGACAUAACAGAUACCAAGAAUCCCAAACUGGUUGGCCAGGUAGGUCGGUCACUCUUUAAACUGCUUUCAUAAAGGCUCGAGACUAUAUUCAAGUAGACAAACACGGGAAAGACACAUUAUAGCUACCGGUACAUAUUAAUUACGAAAGGGCUAGACAUGUAUAUUCUACAAAUGAUGAAAUAUUUAAGCAAUAGAUCACAGUUUCUAUGGGUUUACCGGCGUGAUAACCCACGCGGGGUGUUGGGAGAACACUCGAAAAGCUUAAAGUUUCCUAUGAGUUUACCGGCACAAUAAACCAUACGCCUUUUAACCAAUCAGAACGCACGUACUAUCUAGAUUAUUUUAUAAUAUUUAAUAUAUAUUACAGUAAAAAAACAUUUGCGUUGUAUACUUGAAUUUCUCGUUGAACACUGAAUUUCUUGACCAUAGCUUUUUGCUUUUUGUUCGGGGGGAAACUAUCAGAACUAUUUGUCCAUCUUUUAACUCUGGUUAAAUUACCUCUGCUUACGCAGCUACAUCUUAGUCACUUUUGAGCAAAUGUAAUUUCGCACUGGCACAACUUAGUAAAUCAAGAACGGAAUGUUUUGCCAGCCGAUUGUCAAAUAUCAAACCAAAAGCUCUGAAAUAAGGUAACAACUUUUUAACCGUGAGUCUGCCUAGUAUUAAAUCCCUACGUACACACUAACCGAAAUUUUCUUCCCCGAAUGAUCCCGAAAAUUAAAGAACCCGUUCUCGUAGUAACUGAGACUUGCCUACAAGUUGAGCUCAAAUUUUUUCACGAGCGCUAAGCGCGAGUGGCAGUUUUUUAAUGUUACCGGAACCGGAAAUGAGAAGCGAAGAACUUUUGAGGAAGUCUAGUAGUAACUCUGUUGAAAACGCAACCUUGCUAUAGGUCGUUAUAGUCAACCCAGUCGUGAAAAUGGAACCCCAUCCACCUGCUCAUCCCCAUUAGGCCAUUACUAGGACCCCCCCUUCCUCCGGCGUUUUUUUGUUUAACACCUGUUAGGUUAUUCCUUUCCUACAAUCAAACGCUUUUUUCUGAAACUACGUAAAACCAGCUGAUCGCGCGCGUAAUUUUUGUGAAACAAAGGAGACAAAUCAAAUUCGUUUAUGAUCAUUAUAAUCAUUAACAUGUGAUCUUUUUCUGUCUUAGGUCUUCGUUGGUGGUAGUAUAACCAAAGAUGGCUCAGUGAAAGUGAUAGAGGAUAGUGAAUUAAGUGAACAGCCUGACCCGUGCUAUGUGAAGGGAACGAGAGUCGAGGGUGGGCCACAGAUGUUGCAGCUCAGUCUGGACGGAAAGCGAUUAUACUUUACAACAUCGCUGUACAGUGUAUGGGACAACCAGUUUUAUCCCAGCCUCUCCAAGUAAGGCAGUCAGCAUUUUCAUUGAUAAGAAAAGAUAAAAAAAUUACUGAAUUAUUUACUUACUCGGAAGUCUGGUUUUAUGCACUGCGGAUCUAAUCACAUGACAACGACUUAGAAGGAUGGGAAAACGCGGCGUUCGUUAAUUUCAAAAUACAUCGCGAUUUUUCCAACUUGCUUACCUUGUCAAAUGUAGUUGAACUCUCUUGGAGCUGAAUUCCUGACUAUUCAAGUUCAGAAAGAGAGAGAAAAAUUCGUUGUCGUUUACUCACGUCCUCCAUAAAUUAUAAAAGGCGAUCUAUGUCGAAGUCGUGCAGUAAUGGCAAAGAAAUGCACUAAAAAGUUUAACUGAAAGUCGUGUGGGGAGUCUAUGUGCUAACUUAUUAACCCUAUGGUGACUUUCCUAUUGUCAACGCCUUGAGUAUUUCGUAUUUUCUUAAAAAUACCCUGCCAUUCUAGAAUUGUUGUCAGAUUAAGCUUCUACUUCCUCAUAAACCAGUCAUUCGACGGCCAUCAGUCCAGAACGGCCUCUUACUUCUCUCUCCAAGUUGACAGAUGUGGAGAUGAUUGACUGUAGCUAGCAUGUUUUUCUCGUACGCUUUCUUCGCAGGAAAGGUAGCGUGUUGCUUCAAGUGGACGUUGAUACAGUGAAUGGUGGUCUCAGGUUGAAUCCUGAUUUCUGCGUUGAUUUUGGAGAGGAACCCGAUGGACCCGCCCUUGCACAUGAAGUGCGAUAUCCGGGAGGAGACUGUUCCUCUGACAUAUGGCUGUAA